GGCCCGAUGUCCCCGCAGAGACCAAAGACGAGUUGGAGCAGCUCACGGCCGACAUCAAGAAGAUGGCCAACAGCGUGCGGAACAAGCUGAAGAGCAUGGAGAGGAACAUCGAGCAGGACGAGGAGCGCUCCUCCGCCGACCUGCGCAUACGCAAGUCCCAGCACUCGGUCCUGUCUCGGAAGUUCGUGGACGUGAUGACCAAGUACAACGAGGCGCAGGUCGAUUUCCGGGAGCGCAGCAAGGGCCGGAUCCAGCGCCAGCUGGAGAUCACCGGCAAGAACACGACGGACGAGGAGCUGGAGGAGAUGCUGGAGAGCGGCAACCCCGCCAUCUUCACCUCAGGGAUCGUGGACUCGCAGAUCUCGAAGCAGGCGCUGAGCGAGAUCGAGGGGCGGCACAAGGACAUCGUGCGGCUGGAGAGCAGCAUCAAGGAGCUGCACGACAUGUUCGUCGACAUCGCCAUGCUGGUGGAGAACCAGGCACGGCGCGGGGCCGGGCGGGGGACGAGGAAGGGGACAGCGAGGGGACGGGGGGGACCCACGGGUGGGACAGGAUGGGGACGCGGGGACCCCUAC